AUUUAUAACGGGGAAAAAUUAUCUUGUAGUUGAGUUGGAGGAAUUGGGAGUUUUUGUUUUGAAUAUUUUACUAUGGCAGACGAUAUCGAUGAUUUAUUAGACGAAUGUGAGACGAAGUUUUUCGACAGUGGAAAAAAACCUAAGCAGGAAACCACCACCAAAUUGAACUCCAGCUUGAGCUCAGAAACGGGAAAGACAUCAAGGUACAAGGACAGAAAACCGAAAAGUUCACAUAUUAAAAAUGCUGAUCGAGAUGAACUACAUGAUAUGAUCCAAGAAUGUAUGGAUGAUGGACCAGAAAUACCUGAACUGAGACAACAGCCAGCAAAAUCUUUGUCCAACUCAAACACAACAGAUUUAAGUUCAGCACGAAAGCGUUGUGUCAAAGUUUUUCUAGGCGGUUCUAAAUUUGCAAAAGGGCUUUGCAAUGGGUCAGAAGAGCGGGUGUGUGACAAGCUACGAUGUACAUCAUGUGAUUUCAAUGUGGUCAUCCUGAAUGACUACGAGUGGCACAAAGAUUGUGAUUAUUUAUUCUUCAGAAAUAAUAUACCAGAUUUUGACAAGCUUAUAAGCAAACUAACAAGGAAAAGAGGUUGCUGUGCUUAUGCCUGCCAGUGUACAUGGAAAUCAGUUGUGAAACUGACAGAGCUCUGGUCUGGUGAUCCACAGCUGAAAUGGGUUUGUGGAAAACACAGUUGACAUGUCUAUCAAGUCAUUAUGUGAACAGAGUUUCCUAGAUACCUAUUUAACACAGUUAAUGUCAACUGUAUAAUACCAGCAACUGGAUUGUUGUAAAUAGGUGUACAGUAUGAAUAUGAAAAAAUUGGAGUUGCUACUGUUAUGGAAAACUUUGCUGUGUAAGUAGGGCUCACAGAUGGAAAGGUUGGAAAACCCAUUGGAAUCUUGUGUGUAAAAUAAUUUUAUGCCACCUGGCUCUUGAUUUCUAAGCAAAGCACACCACUUACUUGACAAAGAGUUAAAAUAAAGCGGAAGUUUAAUGGUAA